AUGUUUCCGAUUAAAUCCUACAGUCCUCAUGACUUUAUCCAUGAUUCUUCUAUUUCUGUUGACGUUUCAAGUAUAAUGUUGGUCUUGUCUUGCUUUAACUUAAUCAUGAAAAAAUCUAAGAAUGCUUUGGAGCAAGGUUUUUGCUUUAAAUAUGGAAAAAUCGAUCUAAAGUACUCUAAUUUUCACUUCAAUAUGAAAUCAAGUGUUGGCAAAUUGACCAUCAUUAUCCCAUUCAAAUAGCAACAAUCAAAUUUCAUCCUGAGGAGAAGGAUUCUAAUAAAAUACAUAUCUACUAAAUCUUUAAAAACGGCAGGAUUCAAUAUUGACAAAUUAAGCUCUAGCAAAAAUUUCUGUGUAUAAGCUAGUUUUAAUGUCAUUAAAAUUGUGGACAUGAUGCUUUUAGAUGCUGGCAUAGAAGACACUAUGACUCUUGAAUUAAGGUAGAAGGGCUAGAAGUACGAAGUCUCCUAGUCCUUUUCAAGUUUAUCUUACUCUUAUACAAUAUCUGAAGAUUCUGCUAAUAAUACGAAUAGAUCAUUUAUUGAAAAGUAAGAAAUGGUGGGUUUUAAGAAAAUUCUUGAAGUUUUCUAUGAUCAAACAGACCAUUUUAAUAUAAUAAUGGAAUGCUCAGACAAUACAAUACUUAUUGAGAAAAUACUUUUCAAAAACAAUAGGAUCAGCUUAAAGAAAACUAUAACUCAAAGACAAUUCGAAGUAAGAUAGGAUAACAUUUAAAAGAUUUAUUUCGACUAUGAGUAUAACACUGUGUUAUCCCUUAGAAAAUCAGGAGCAGUAGAUAUAUUUAAGAAUGGAAAGAUUAUUUACACUAAGACUGAUGAAAAAUAGAUCAAUCAAAUAAGAUGGGUAUCGCAUGAUUAAAUCUCAGAUCUUAUGACUUUAAAAUAUCAUCCUAAGGAAUGGAUGAGCAUCAAACGAAGAUUAGUUUGUGGGAGUCAAUUCACUUUUCAUAAUGAUAAACUGUUUGUCACUAGAUUGAAUUAUGUUAGAAUUGUGGACAUAAAUACCAGCUCAGUGAUACAUGAAGCAUUUUUAAAUAAUGAAGUAUAAAAAAUACUGCAAAUCAAUGGUUAAGUAUACAUUAUCGUCAAGAGCCAAACUAAUGUCUUGUUCUUAGUUGGUGCUUAAUAUGAACUUGAAUUAAUUCCAGGUGUUGAAGGUGAGUUCUUGUAAGCUGAGGUAAAUGAGAAAGCAUUAUACGUAAUAACAAAAACAGCAUUAGGCAAUAAAAUAUUUAGAAUAAAAGGGAAAAAUUCACUUGAGUACACUGACUUUUUAGAAGAGGAUGAUGUACUUGUAAACUAUAAAGCUAAGAAGUCAGUGCAUGACAAAAUUUUAUUAUUCAACUUCAGACUCGGAAUACUUAGGACGAUAUAUAUUGAAAGAGAAAAUAUUAGAAAAGUCAUCACAAAUUAAUUUGAUAGAUUAAAGGAUAAUUUUCGGACGGAUGAGUGGCUAGCAUUUAAGAAUAAGUCAAAGACAAAGAUAUACUUCUAAAAAUAUGAUAACUACAUAGGUUAAAUGAGAACAUAUGAGAUUGAUAAGUCUACAAAUGAGAUUAAAACUCUUCCACCACUAUCGUGGUUGAAUCAUCCAGUUAUCCAUGGGGAACUAAUUUAUGAGAUUAAUUAUGUGGGCAAAUUUACUUACAGAAAGAUUGACCAUUACAUUCAAAAUUUCCCUACAAAAAUUUAGAUAUCUGAUAAUAUUUUUGGAAAAAAAAUUGUCUGUGUUGGCAAUAGAGUUGGUAUACUGGAAAGAACUCACAUUGUUAGAAUUUUUAACUAGCCUAACUAAAAUAGCUUUCUACCUUAUAUUUUUGAAACUUAAAAGUAUCAAAUUUUUGCUUGGAAAAGAAUAGAUGGCUGUACUGUUAUGAUUGAUAAUAACUUCUAGCUAACAACAAUGAGUGAAGUUACUGGGAAAAUAAUAAGCUAGCACAAAAUCUCCAAAAGAUAAUUAGGCUAAAAAAGUAUAAAUGUUGAGCAAAUAAGAGCAUCUAGUGAGCCUCAUAGAGUUAUAAUGCAAGAUGACACAUACAAGGGGCAAAUAUUGAGACUUGAAAAAAAUUCCAGGUUAAGACUUUACAAAGUAGUAGAAAUAGUUAGUAAAUCUUAAAUCCAAAUAUUACUUACCUUUCUAAUGCCGGAGUAUAAACAGCAAUUCAAAUUUAGUGAAAAUUUUUCAAUGAUGAUUGACUAAUCUACUUAUGAACUAUAUUCAAGAGAAGAAUACUUUGAUGAAAGUGGGAUAUAUAUAUUUGAGUAGAUCACGCACUAAUCUCAUCUUGAAUCAAAUAACUGGAAAUUUAACCUCAAUAACUCUAUUGUCAGUCCUAAUCUCAAAUAUUAUCUAGACUUUGAAGUUAAGAGCAAAAAGUACUUAAUUAAGAAUUCAUUUGAUGGAUAAGUAUUUAAAGAAAUCCCGAAUUCCCUUACAGAUUAAUCAAAACUUAAUUAAUUUCUUUACUUCAAAUGGAUGGAUGAUAAAUCGAUUGCCCUCUAUCAUGAAUAGGGGAUAGAAAAAGUUGUUGAUGUGUUUAAUGAUUUUUACAAGAUCUACUAUUCCAUAAUAGACAUUAAUUCUUAUUAUGGGCACAAUAAAUAGAUUGGAAACGGCUAUCAUUUGAAUCUGUAAACUAGUAAUUAAGAUGAAGUUCUGAAGAAACUUCAUUUUCUAAAAAACAAGUUCAUAGAGUGCUAAAGAGAUUAAUGCGAGUUUCAUAUAUUAAUGACUGAUUUUUAAUACUCAUGGAGUGAUCACUUUACCAAUUAUCUGCCAAUGCUUCAAUUUAGCUUUACUCAUUAUCAUUGGAUGCUUUCUCUAAAAGUAAGAGAUGAUCACAAUCUCUCGACCAUAAAGGAAAUAACUGAUGAUGACUUACACUUGAUGCUUUUGCAAGUAUUCCCAGAUGGAGAUACAUUUCUGCAUCUGAUUGCUAAUCGAAAUGAGAUAUUAGAUGCUCUUUAUUAAAGAAUCAGCAAGUAAUCAGACUACUUGUUUAUCAAAAAUGCAUCUGGCUUAACCCCUUUACACCUUUGUCUUGAUACUAAAAAUUAUUUCGCCAUCGAGAUAUUUUUGAAACUCUUGUCCAAUCACCCAUUUUAUCAGCAUUCUUUUAAUGUGGUGGAAAUACUGCCAAAAUUGAUUUAAACAGAGUUACCCGCUCUUAAAAUCUACUUGGAAUCAAGAAUCAUUACCACAUAAAUUCUAGCUUAAUAUAAGCGUGGUGUAAUUUAAGUAGAUCCUUAAAAGAAUUAUAAAUUAAAGCUUACAAACAUCUGGCCAAGAAGAGAUGAAUUUAAGGAAAAAUUUUUUGAGUAGGGCAAGUUUCAAUCUGAUAUUAAAAUUAUGCUUUUAGACUUACCUAGAUUAAAUAUCUAUGCCAAUGAAUUAAGCUAGGAACUAUAUCUAAAGCUAUCUAGAUGUAACUCAUUAGAUGUAUUUAAAAUUAGCACUAUACAAUACUUGAUAGAUUUCUAAUGGAAACUUACUAAAAAGUGCACAAUUUACUAUCUUUACAUUCCACAACUAAUCAACCAUUUAAUUUUUUUGGUCUAUUCAAACUUAUUAAUAAAAAAUGAGUUCCAUUCAAAGCAGUAUGACACUGGAUUAGCUCUUUUAGUAUUUAUCUUGACUAUUCAGUUUUAUUUCUUGGUUAAUGAAUAUAGGCAAUAGCUUUAAUAUCAACAACAGUCUGCUUCCAUUAUUUCUUAGAUGGAAAAGAAUCUUUCGUUAAUUAGAAUGGACUGCCAGUUAUUCAUAGUCUGGCUAGUCUAAUCCUAUGGCUCUCCUUCUUAUAUCACUUGA